ACGAAAUCUAACAUCCAUUUUAUUUAUCAACCCUAGACCGCUGUCCUCAGCUUCCCACCGCCCCCAUCCCUUAGAUUUACAAUCUACGUGCUACUUGCUCUGAUUCUGUUGACCAAGUCCGUCCGCAGCCACUACCUUUCCCGCAGGCGAGACGAAGGAACUUCAUCCCACUAGCGACACCUUCAUGCACAGUCACUGCUUGUCACCUCUGCCUCCAAGUCCAUCGCUCGAAGCCGGUCAACCCAGCGACAUUGCGCCCCAAUAUUAGAAGGUGGAUUUCGUCUGAGCAUACUUCCAGUGUGCUCCUUCCAGAGUGCCCUUGAAUAAAGUCGCCAAAACGCAUUCCUCAAAGCGGCUGCUUAUCUCACUCCUCAAACCUCCUUGACCCGCUCGUUUCCCUCCCCGACCUCUUUUCUGCGACCUGCCAUACCUUUGCUAGGCCGAGAAUUCAAUGGGCCAACAACAGUCAAAGAGCAGCGAUGGUACCAGAACCCCACUAAAGAGCGGCUCUUCCUCCAAUCUUCCGGAUACUCUACAACAGUAUCCCUCGAUAUCCAAGUCCGAUACGAGGGAGAGUUCCUCUAGGUCCAUUCGGUCAUCCAUUCGAAGCAAAAUAAAGAGCUCGGGAGAUGACAAGGCCAACGACAGCCCCAGAGCCUCGGGCUCAACCCUUGCGGGGUCAGAAGGCCCCAACAACGACAAGGCCGACGCCAGUUCGAUUGCCAGUGGCCGCUCGGGCUCUUCUCGAGUACCCAGAGAGAAGAUCACAAACAAUCCCCUUGUAGAAUCUCCCGUAUCGCCCAAUGACGACGACGAAGCUCCGUCACCAGGUGCCAGCACACCCGCGCGACCACCGUCACCGACUCAGUCCAAAUCCGUGGGUAAAGGUCACAAGUCGGUGGAUCGUGCUCAGAGGACCGGUGAGGUAGGCGCAGUGUCUGAGGAAGCUCCUCAUCAGGCGCACGUCCACUCAUCUACACAAAAGGCCGGUGAUUCCAUCUUGGUCAAGCGUGAAAAUCAGAUUAACCCUCGAGCUCCGGAGACCAAGGCCUCAUUGCGGGCCAAACUGGCAGAGUUGCCAGGUGCUUCUCCAGGAGGUGGUAUGGGCAUGAGCGAAGUGAAUGACAUGGAUUUGGACGACAUGAUUUCUCGCCUCCUAGAUGCUGGGUACACUACCAAGGUGACGAAGGCUGUCUGCCUUAAGAACGCCGAGAUUACGGCAAUCUGCACCGCCGUGCGAGAAGUGCUACUAUCUCAACCAGCACUGCUAGAGCUCACGGCACCGGUCAAAAUUGUGGGUGACAUUCAUGGUCAGUACAACGAUCUGAUCCGACUUUUUGAAAUGUGCGGAUUCCCUCCGAAUGCGAACUAUCUUUUCCUGGGCGACUAUGUCGAUCGGGGAAAACAGUCUCUCGAGACAAUUCUACUCUUGUUUUGCUACAAGCUGAAAUAUCCGGAAAACUUCUUCAUCCUUCGCGGUAAUCACGAGUGUGCUAAUGUCACUCGCGUUUAUGGGUUUUACGACGAAUGCAAACGAAGGUGCAACAUCAAGAUCUGGAAGACAUUCAUCGACACCUUCAAUUGCCUGCCGAUUGCUGCGAUUGUGGCGGAUAAAAUCUUCUGUGUCCAUGGCGGUCUGUCACCGUCUCUUUCCCACAUGGACGAUAUCCGACAGAUUGCGCGACCGACAGACGUUCCUGAUUAUGGGCUGUUGAAUGAUCUGUUGUGGAGUGAUCCAGCGGACAUGGAUCAAGAUUGGGAGUCAAACGAACGAGGAGUCAGUUAUUGCUUUGGUAAAAAGGUGAUCGUCGACUUUCUGGCUCGCCACGAUUUCGACCUGGUCUGCCGAGCUCACAUGGUCGUCGAAGACGGAUAUGAGUUCUUCAACGACCGCUUGCUUGUCACAGUCUUCUCUGCGCCCAACUACUGCGGAGAGUUUGACAACUGGGGGGCCGUGAUGUCGGUGUCCAGCAAUCUGCUGUGCAGUUUUGAGUUGCUGAAGCCGUUGGAUUCGAGUGCUCUGAAGAGUCAUAUCAAGAAGGGCAGAAAUGCUCGCCAGAAUAUGCUCAACAGUCCGCCGGCACAAGUGUCCGCCCAGAGUUUUUAAAGAGACCGCGAAACCAAAAGAAGGAAAGCAAUUCCAAUCAUUCCUGCGUUCGUUACACCCUUUAUUUCCGGCAACGUCGAUCCUGCCAUUCGUUUCUAUCCAGACAAUGGGCCACGGACCAAGUAUAUGACCGGAUCCUGGUUGGGUGCAAGAUCUCCCAGACCUUGCCGUCAUGGCCUCCGUGCCAUUUCGAUUGAUUCUAGUUCAAUAGGCGUCGGUUGGCGCAGCCGGGUUAUUCCAACGCACAGAGACACAGACAGCUUUAGGAAGCUACGUCUUCGGAAAAGCGAAUCGGUUUUCGCACAGCAAUUUGGAUUUCGAUCGACGCUAGUCGAGUCGAAGUAACGGAGCAGAGAUUUUGCAGUCUUGCUGGGAAUGUACUAUUGCGGCCUGGAGGGCCGAAUCAACUGGAGGGCAUGGACCCAGCGAAAGACAGGCAGCUGGCACAUGGUAUUAUUUGGAGCUCUAGGAGCAAGAAGUCUAUGUCGAGUGAUGACCUAAUGCUACGGGGGAAACGCAAUAGAAUUUCACCAAUCCCACCAGAAAUGAAUUGUUUCACAUUGAAAAGGAUGGUCGUCGCUGCAGGAUUGGCCCCAGGGUCGAAAUGGGCGGGUUGAUGUGGUCAGACGCGCCAGGCCGCAGGACGUGGUUGAUAGAGGCACGAGCGCGUCAAAGUUUCCAGGUCCAGGUUUUGUGUGGGAGGGUUGAGCAGCUGUGAGGUGCCUGUGAAGUGCCAGUAGCGUUGGAAGAUCAGGGCUGGUCCUUUUCUCCACCUGGCGAGCCGCCCAAUUCCAAUCUGGCUGCGGAGCACAUUGGCAACCCUCCACAACGAGG